UCGGGCCUUAGCGUUAGAGCAGCCUAGAAUCUGAGGGCACGGCCCUCUCCGCAUUCCGUUCCCACCUCCGUACGUACGCCGCGCGGCCUCUCUGCAGCGUCCGUCCGAGCGCCGCCGCUGGCGUGGGCCCCGCCUGCUUCCCUCCUCGCCUCUCUGUGUGUCCGCGGCUGGCCGGCGCGAUGCAGCUGGACCUGAGGCCCGCCACGCUGGGGCUGCUGCUGCUGUGCGCCGCGGCAGCCGGCGCCGGGGAAGCCGAGGAGCUGCACUACCGGCAGGGCGAGCACCGCGCCGACUACGACCGCGAGGCGCUGCUGGGCGGCCAGGAAGAAGUCGAUGAAUAUGUUAAACUCUCCCCCGAAGAGCAACACAAAAGACUGAAGUCAAUCAUAAAGAAAAUUGACUUGGACUCAGAUGGCUUUCUCACCGAAAGUGAACUCAGUUCAUGGAUUCAAAUGUCUUUUAAACAUUAUGCUAUGCAAGAAGCAAAACAACAGUUUAUUGAGUAUGAUAAAAACAAUGAUGGUAGUGUGUCAUGGGAUGAAUACAACAUUCAGAUGUAUGAUCGGGUGAUCGACUUUGAUGAGAACACUGCUCUGGAUGAUGCAGAAGAGGAGUCUUUUAGGCAGCUUCAUUUAAAGGACAAGAAGCGAUUUGAAAAAGCUAACCAGGAUUCAGGACCUGGUUUGAACCUUGAAGAGUUUAUUGCUUUUGAGCAUCCUGAAGAAGUUGAUUAUAUGACGGAAUUUGUCAUUCAAGAGGCUUUAGAAGAACAUGACAAAAAUGGUGAUGGAUUUGUUAGUUUGGAAGAAUUUCUUGGUGACUACAGGCGGGACCCGACUGCAAAUGAAGAUCCAGAGUGGAUACUUGUUGAGAAAGAUAGAUUCAUGAAUGAUUAUGACAGAGAUGCUGAUGGCAGACUUGAUCCGCAAGAACUGUUGUCCUGGGUUGUACCCAAUAACCAGGGCAUUGCACAAGAAGAGGCUCUUCAUCUAAUUGAUGAAAUGGAUUUGAAUAGUGACCGAAAGCUCUCUGAAGAAGAGAUUCUGGAGAACCAGGACUUGUUUCUUACAAGUGAAGCCACAGAUUAUGGCAGACAGCUUCAUGAUGAAUAUUUUUAUCAUGAUGAGCUUUGAUCCCUGGGUGUAUCUGAAUAGAGCACUGGCUCCUUUUAUAGUUUGUUACCAGCUUUACUUUUGUGAUAAAAUGUUGAUGUUAUAUUUUACACUCUUAAGUCUUACCAGAGUCAAAAUUAUCUUAAUGUACAUUAUAGUUUUGGCCUUUCAGGAGAAAAGUAAAACAAAAACCUGAUAUUUAUUUCCACAUGCAUUGAAGAAAUGAAACAAUGUUGUGCCAUAUGACAAAAAAGUCUUGCCUAAACAGUCCAUCUGUUUAGUACUGUAUUGUGAAAUAUUUGAGUUCUGUUUCCAUACUUGGAAAAAAAAAAAAAAAACGGAGGAUUUUAGAGAUGCCUGAACAAUAUUAUUUAAGUAGUAUGUGACUAAGCUAUCGAUUUUUGUUUUAAGUAGGUUUAACUUGGGAACUGACAGAAAGACAUUGUUUUUAGAUUUAGCAUUUUGUUUUAAACCUUUAAAGGAACCUUAUAAGGACUUAUACCUCACAUAUUAAUGGUGAGAAGUUCUGCUUAAUUUUAAAAUGGUUUCUAUAAAGGGUUUUAAUGUAUGAAAUAGAACUUUAUAUUUUUGCAUAUGUAUAGAUAGUAAUUAUAUUUAAUGUGUAACUAUAGCAUUACGGUGUGUGGAAUUUGACUUUGUUCAGAACUCUCUUCUUUUUUUUUUUGACUGAUUAAAAAUGAAAUGUCCUAUC